AUGCUGAGUGCAGAGCCCAAGGUCGAAACAAUGGCGCCGCUCAACCAUCGUCUCAUCGGAGCCGUGCAUGUGCAGGCCCAAGGCCACGCCCAUGCCCUGCCAGAGGACAAGGAGGAGACCCCCAGCACCAGCACGCCCGAGCGGUUCGAGGACGUGACAAGCAUCGCCACGGCCCAUCAGUCGCCGCCCAGCCAGGAGCACUGGGAGGCCAAGAAGGCGGUCAUCAAGGCCAUGUACAUGGACCAGAACAUGAACCUCAACGAGGUUGUCGAGAGGAUGCGGACCUCGCACGACUUUAGGGCAACCCCCAGGAUGUACAAGGCACAGUUUGCAAAGUGGGGAUGGUCCAAGUACAACUCAAAGAGACUGCGCCGUGACAUCUCAUCUGGCAAGUCCGUGGAGAAGUCCCACGGCAAGUCCUGCCGCCGCGUCAGGAGACGCCGUGGCGCUCUGGAGCAGGCGCUCAGCCAAGUAGUUGAGAACUCUCAGGACAACCAGAUCGUCCGCCGUCCAACCACCACGGCACCUCCCGGUUUUGUUCUACAGAUGACCCACGAGAGUGACGCUGCCCGUAACAUCGAGGCCGUACUAGCUGACAUCCGUAGCCAUGUUUUCGGCUUCUACACCCGCAAGCGUGAGUGGAUCGAGACUCCUGAGACUGGGCUCAUAAGCGCAUAUAACUAUGGCUUCUAUGAGUCAUUCCGCGUGGCCAUGGACAACUUCCUGAUGAACGAGCACACUAACGGCGGUGAAAUGAUACGACGGGCUUUCCUCGAAGUUGAAGACGCCGUCAACGCCGACUAUACUACAACGUUUUACUUUCUGUUUAUUGAUCUCCCGGAUCUAUUCCUGGACUACGGUCGCCAUGACAUCCUGACGAUUCUCUUAGGCCAUAUCAGCAAGCUCGCUUCAGUCAAGCUACGUGACAAGAUUCUUGGACAUGGCUUUACUAGUCUUCACGCGCUCGUGCGCCAGAACCCAGCAAUGUUGCGUCACUAUAUUGGUACCGCCUCGCUACUAUGGACGGAUUUGCUGCAGCAGUUAAGGGGGCCGCAAGACCGCAGUACCCUUUUAGCAAAGCGCAAUUACCUUCGACAUAGCCGCAGUAUCGAGAAGAGCCGGAUGGAGGAGUUGUGUCAAGGCUACUAUCAUCUCCUCACGGAAUGUCAGGCUGUAUAUGGCGAGAAGCACAGCGCCAGCCAGCAUCUUGAGGACAUCAUCUUGUUGAUCCAGUUCAACUACGACAUGUUCCUGGAUGACUUCGAGAAGCGGAACCAGCGGCUCAUCACGGACAUCUGCAACAAGUAUGGCGGCCAGACCUCUGCGAGCCCGAACUGGGACAUUCUCGACCGGAACAUAUACAGCAACUGCUUCGAGCGUCUUGGUGCGUUCUACACCAAGAAGAACGAGAUGCAGCGCGCCAUUAUCUGCCAGCGAAAGGCACACGAGGGCUGGAGGACGCGGUACUGGCAUAUCGAAGUGGAACGGGCUCUGGCGGCCACCGGACGGAUCUUCGAGUGCGAAACUGUGCGCAAGUGCCGUCUUGAGAGCCAGUAUUUCCGCAGGCUACCGGACAAUGCGACUUUGCAGCUAAAAAGACCCGACUGA